AUGAUCAGUAAUUUUGAGCGAGUAAAAGUUACAGUAAGAGUACCAAGCAAAGCAACAAUGAAGCGAUCGCCAUCACGUGAAUCUUUGUCUCUCUUAAGAGCGAAACGACGCGCAUCUCCUGGACGCUACGAUGGCAGUUCUGAUGAAAGAAUUUCUCCAGACCGCAUACGUCGAAGACAUGGAAGGUCUCCAAGUCCUCGCUAUGGAUCUCCACCUCGCGAAAAAUAUGCACCAAUAGCUCAUACCUAUAAAGUCUUGUGUGUCAGCGCAUUGCAUCCAAAAGCUAAUGAUGAAUACAUCAAGGAAACUUUAUACCGGGAAUUUAAGAAGUACGGAGAUUUUAAUAUUCGAUUAUCAAUGGAUGAAAGCCGAGAAAGAAUCGCUUAUGUAUGUUUCCGAACAUCUGAAGAUGCACGUGCUGCAAAGAUGGCAAAACCAAGAAUUUUAAUUCAUGAAAAGGUUGCUUUGGUUGAGCCGGUAUAUGAAGCAGUACGAACAAGGCCAAGAUCAAUUACUCCACCUGACUACGAGAGGUCUCAUCAUUAUCAUGCAAGAUCCCCAGCCUCAGAACGUUACCAUCGUCGUCCUCCAACCGAACAUCAUCCACAUUAUGAACGUUAUUCAUCAAGCUCUAUGCAUCAUCUUCCUGAGUUUAGACCAGUGAUGCCUUCCGAGUAUAUGGCACCAAGAGGACCACCAAUGCAUCGUCCAAUGCACCAUCCACCACAUCAUUACUCUCCGAGACCGUACAUCCCUCGUCCUCGUGUUCCUUACGAGAAACCCGAAAAUAAAAAGGACAAAUUUCCAAACUAUUUGCAACAUGUUCUUCCAGAAGAAGAUCCUUUAGCCACACGAACACUGUUUGCGGGUAAUUUAGAAAUAAAUAUUUCAGAUGAUGAAUUAAAACGUAUUUUUGGAAAAUAUGGAAUUGUUGAAGACAUCGACAUUAAACGACCACCACCUGGAACAGGAAAUGCUUUUGCUUUUGUUCGUUAUCAAACAUUAGACAUGGCACAUCGUGCUAAAGUUGAAUUAUCAGGACAAUACAUUGGAAAAUUUCAAUGCAAGAUUGGUUAUGGGAAAGCUACGCCAACUACACGCAUUUGGGUGGGUGGACUUGGAGCUUGGACUAGCUCAGUUCAGUUAGAAGGUGAAUUUGAUCGUUUCGGAGCUAUUAAAAAGAUUGAAUAUACAAAGGGUGACACACAAGCAUUUAUUCAAUAUGAGACAAUCGACGCUGCAACUGCUGCUGUAAAAGAAAUGAGAGGAUUCCCACUUGGUGGUCCCGAUAAGCGUUUGAGAAUUGAUUUUGCAGAUUCUGGUGAACCGACCACACUUCCAUUUAAACCUAAACCAGAUGGUUAUUCUGAGUACAGAAAAGAUUAUGAUUAUUCGGAAAGUGUACCAAGCUACGAAGAUCCACAUCACGUUCAUCAUCCGCCCUAUGUUUCAAGCUAUGCACCGAGACCAUAUCGUGGUCGUGGAGGUUACAGAGGAAGAGGUUCUUAUCGCGGAAGUUAUCAUUCAACACAUGCAAUUGAUCAUCGUCCGCCACAGCCAGAAGAUGAUUGGAGACGUGCAGCACCAAGCGAUAUGGAAUAUGGCGAUCCAUAUCGUUCACGACGUCAAGCUUCACCAACACGCCAACCAGGUGUUGAUCGUUCUCGCUCGAGGUCACCAAAACGUCAUAGUUUAGAUUCAGAUUCGGAUAGUGGAAUUAAUCGUUUAGGAUCAUUGCGUACAUUGCCUGAGAUUGCACGAAAAACUUUGACUCGAUGGGAAGGUUCAUUGAUCUUGAAAAGUUCAUUGUUUCCAGCGAAAUUUCAUUUAACUGAUGGUGAAAUUGACAUUGUUGAAAGUUUAAUGAAAGACGAAAAUGGAACACGAAAUUUACGCAUCACUCAAAGAUUACGAUUGGAUCAACCGAAACUUGAAGAUGUUCAAAAGAGAAUUUCAACAUCGUCAUCGCAUGCAAUUUUUCUGGGAUUGGCAGGAUCGACUUCUUCAAUUUCUAUUGACGAUCCAAAUGUUCAGACUCGUCCAUUACGAAAUUUAGUUUCAUACUUAAAACAAAAGGAAGCUGCCGGUGUUAUUUCACUUCUUAACAAGGAAACUGAAGCAACAGGCGUUCUUUAUGUCUUUCCACCUUGCGAUUUCUCAACUGAAUUGUUGAAACGUACAUGCCAUAAUGUCACUGACGAAGGGUUGAAGGAAGAUCACUUAAUGAUUGCAGUUGUACGUGGUGGUGCUGCAUAAGAAAUGAAGUUGUAAAACAAAAUAUCUGAUAAUAAUCCAUUAUAAUGAUGCAUAAUAAGCGUAACUAGUGUUAACACGUGAAAAAACAAUUGAAAUAUCUGAUCUUACUACAUUACAUGUAGACAAAACUUACGUUUUUUUUUCUUCAUUGUUCGUUCAUAAUAUCACAAAUAGAAAAAGAAAUAAUUUUGAGUGACGACAGAAAAACAAGAAAAAUUAUUUGGUGGAAGCAGUGAAGUUUGGUUUUUUAUAAGUUUAAUAAAAAAAUUGUUUUAUCAGUUUAUGGUUUUUGACACAAAAAAGCAAAAUAUUCAAAAAUGCAUUUUAAAGAAAAUUUGUAAAAGCUACUAAUAAAGAAAAAAAUAGAAGCUGUUGAAGGAAUGAAAAUUAUGCAUCAAUAAAUGAAAGAAAAUAUAUGCAAAAUGCAUGAUGCAAAUAAAAAAUACUGAAAGUGGUUAAGUUAGUGGCAACAAGGAGUUUGGUUAGUGGGUGAUUUUAAAUAAUGUUCUUGAAGAUUGAGAAAUAGAAAGAAAGUCCAGUAUUAGAAGAAGUUCGUGCAGUUGUUUUUUGUUAACAUACAUUGGCAAUGAAGGUGUCAAACUUUGUGCCUGUGUUUGACAGCUCGAAACUUUAUCUACCAUUCAAAAGAAAAUAAUCUAAAAAGAAAGAAAAGGAUGAGAAUCAUUUCCAUUGUGAUCUGUGAGUGAUCAGUUUCAAAGCAAAAGACAUAAACAUUUCAAAUUUUUACUCUCUAUCCCUUAAAAACAAUGUCUCAUCAUUCAAAAAUAAUAAGAAUAAGGCAAAUUUAAGUACAAAUUAGCAUUUGUUGUAAAUUUCUGCAAAUUCAAAUGAUUCCUCAUCUUCUAAUGUUGUAUUGAAAAUUUGCCUCAUCUUUGAAAACAAUUCCUCAUCCAACAAUUGAUGUUGCUUGAUUAUAUGUGAUGAGUGAUCACGAAAAAGAUAAUAAGAAAUAGAUUCACUUGAGUUAAGUUUCAAAAAUAAUAAAACGGAAAACAAACUGCAAUUGGUAGAUGUGUGAAAACUGAAAAAACAAAACUCUUAGAAGGAAGAAAUUUUGAAAAAUAAUAAUAAAGUUUAAAUGUACUUUAAAUGCUUAUCUAUCUAAUAGUUCUAUGUGGC